AGGUGCUACAGCUCCAAGAAGAUGUCAGAAAACAAAAAGGUGCGUAGCUGUGACACACCUGAAGAGAGACUGGCACCAGUAAAACCAGACCACUUGCUCCACUUCAUGCCUGUCACCUCCGAGCAAUCAGCCCCACAGAUAUGUCGAUGCUUUGCCCAGAUUGUAAUUUAACAUGGUCUGAUUUCCAUCACGCGCGAUGAAUGUCACAUGGGGUUUGCUGACGGUUUUGAGUCUGGUGUGCCACACUGAGUCGAGGUGCUCACCGACCUCUUAUUAUAAGAACUGCUGGAUCCGACGCUUUCCCGGGAUUUUCAUCGAUAUCGAGGAGUCUCAGCGGAGAGGAGCUCAGCUUCUCAAGUAUUAACAGGAGGAGACGGCGCUGAAAUGCAGCCGCACCUGUUGCCUCACGAGGAACUUUUCCUGUAAUCUGGCCAUAUUUCACUACGAUACCACUCAAGAAAACGCCAACUGUUUCCACCUGCACUGCCCAACACUGGAGAGCUGCAUUCUCAGCCACAGAGGAAACGUUGUUCUGUACAAUGUCACAAAGGGUGUGGAUCCUGACCUGUUGGUGUUUGGAAAAUACUUCACCUCCAACGUACGUGUGUUGCCCCACUACUACAGCAGAGGCAACGCCUCAGAGCCGCUGCCCUCAGACAAACGCCAGUUCAUUCAUCCACCUCCACCUGCUGCUCUGCCUCUGACUUCAGCACCCACAGUUAAACCCCUCACCACCACCACAACCACUACUGGCACCAGUACCACUAUGCUGCAGAGCACCAGUCAGCCUUCAACAGUUCCCACUGCUACAGAUAACUUAUCCUCCACUCCAGAGGCUCCACAAGCUUCAGGGGGUGAAGCAGAAACAGCCCUGACCCCCUCCACUAUUUCUUUUGCACCCAGCUUUACUACGCCUCCUUCAUCCACCGCAGCAGCCACCCUCAGCGCUUACGAUCCCCAGAUGACUCCUGUCUUCUCUACCACAACUGCACAGCCCCCCACAUCUCCCACCCAUCAUCACACCACCAGCACCUCUCAGCUGGCCACCAGCCCUCCAACUUCAACAGCCUUUAUAGGCAGCAUACAGAGCAGCCAGCAAUAUCCUAAUGACACCAAGGGCAGUCUGGGGAGGAACCACACUGCAGGCAGUGAGGCAGGCCAGGGUGUCAGCGGGGAAGACACCCUCGGGAGUUUGGGACCUGGGUGGCACGUAGCUGCUCACACUUUGCUGGUUGCAGUGGCCAUUUGUAUCACAGUGCUGCUGAGCUGCUGUUGCUCUAUUCUGCUGGUGGUGAGCUGGAGGGGUCAGAGGAAGAGGAUGGGACGAUACAGAACAUCGUGGAGAGGGAAAAGAGGCUCCAUGCGUCUGAUUAAAUAUGUGCUGGUCAGAGAAAACACCUGAAAGUAGGGUCAAGAAAAAAAGAGGCUGGAACUGACUUUUCUUUUUUGUUUACAGCAAAGUUUUUAAUGAGGGAAUCCAGGAUGAAGAGACAUCUGACAUACAUUUCUAGUUAUAUUUUUGUAAAAUAAUACUGAAUUAUUUUAAUAGCAAGGACACUGCUAUGGCUUUACUUUGAGGAAAUAGAGAUGAAAAUAUGGUUACUGUCAACUGCUGCAUUGAGGUUACAAUUCUGUACAUUGAAAGUGAACAAGCAAAGGUAUUUUGUGGCUUAGAUAAGAUCACCAAACAUGUAGUUACCAUGAUUUUGGUUUCACUUGUGACGCAAUGACUCAACAGAAGAGCCAAAUUAGGCUCGUGCAUUUGGGCGCUGCAAUUUAUCUGAAGAAAGACAACAUGAUGUCUAUUUAACUGACCAAAAUGUUGAUAUACAAUGAGUCUAAAGGGACAGUUCACCUGAAAACAUAAACACAUAUUUUUCCUCUUACUUGUAGUGCAGUUUACCAGUCUUGAUUGUUUUGGUGUGGGAGAUAUCGGCCAUAGAGAUGUCUAUCUUCUCUUGAAAGUAAUGGAAGUAGACGGCUCUCCAUGACCACAAAAUUACUUUUAAAAAACUCAACAGCAAUGUCUCUUUCUAGAAAUCAUG